GGCGCUGCACUGCAGAGGGGCAUGCUGGCGGUGGGGCUGCGCUUCCCCCAGCGCUGGGAGUUGAGUGACUCGGAGCGGGUUCCUGCCUCCCUACAGCCCGGUACGGAGCAGCUGAUGGCCUCGGGGGACGAGCUCUCCGGGUUGCUUUUCUGUGAAAGGGAAAUUAUGGGUUCUGAAGAGAAUAACAAUGAAUUGUAUAAAAUAACCACUUCUCAGCAAGCAAUUGCCUCUUGUUGUGGAGCUAUUGUUACAUCACUCUUGGUGACACCUCUUGAUGUUGUCAAAAUUCGACUGCAGGCCCAAAGCAAUUCAUUCGCUAAUGGAAAAUGUUUUGUUUACUCCAAUGGCCUUAUGGAUCAUGUAUAUGUCUGUGAGGAUGGAAAAAGCAAAGCCUGGUAUAAGAAACCUGGCCAUUUCAGAGGGAUGUUGGAUGCAUUUGUGAAAAUUAUUAAACUAGAGGGUAUUAAAUCACUGUGGAGUGGACUUCCUCCAACGUUAAUAAUGGCAGUUCCAAGUACAGUAAUUUAUUUUACCAGCUACGAUCAACUGAGUGAAGUUUUGAUAUCUAAACUAGGAAAAGACAGUGACUACAUUCCAGUUCUUGCAGGCUCCAUAAGUAGAUUGGGUUCAUUAACUGUAGUAAGUCCACUGGAGUUGAUCAGAACUAAAAUGCAGUCCCGACAAUUAUCUUACAAACAACUGCAUAUAUGCAUCAAUAAUACGUUGGCCAAAGAUGGCUGGCUUUCACUCUGGAGGGGCUGGGGUCCCACUGCUCUGCGAGAUGUACCUUUCUCAGCAAUGUACUGGUAUCACUAUGAACACAUCAAGAAGUGGUUGUGCAAGACGUUUGAUGUACGUGAACCAACAUUUUUGAUCAGCUUUACUUCAGGGGCAACAGCUGGCUCUAUUGCAGCUACAGUAACUUUACCUUUUGAUGUGGUGAAAACACACAAACAAACUGAAAUUUGGGAAUAUGAGACCUUAAACUUAUCACAGAAGAAGUCCACAUCAACAUGGACAGUAAUGAAGACAAUUGUUGCUGAGCAUGGGUUUACUGGAUUAUUUGCUG